UCCUUAUCUAAUCCAUUUGGGAGGACCAACCAAGUCAAGACUGCUGUCGGUAAACCUAAGCCUUACCUGAGCUUCGCCUGCAUCAUGUAGCACCUCCUCAACGCGCGCUUACUCAUCAUGGGAUCAGUUGUGGCUGGAAAAUUUCACCAUCCUUGCUUCUUCCCACUUGUUUCCGGCCCCUGUCUUCGACCUCCUCCCUGCUAUAGAGUCUUUCCGCCAGUUACAAGCUGUAGGAAAUGGAUAGUAAGUGAAAAAACACAUGGGCAUCUUUCGGCACUGAAAUGCUCAUCCCAACCGCUUGCUGUCAGCCUUAGGGCGGCGGAAAAGGAAGAAGGCGAAGCGGAUGGGAUGUCCAGGACGACCCUCAUAUGGAGGGCAGCCAAAUUACCUAUAUAUUCUGUGGCAAUGGUGCCUCUGACCGUAGGCUCUGCUGCAGCAUAUUUUCAAACUGGCUUUUUCUCUGCCAAGCGUUAUCUUUUGCUCUUCUUUGCAUCAGUUCUCAUCAUUGCUUGGCUCAAUUUGAGCAAUGAUGUCCAUGAUUAUGAAACCGGGGUGGAUAAAAACAAAAAGGAGUCGGUUAUUAACAUUAUUGGCAGUCAGACAGCUACCCAUAAUGCAGCCGUUACAUCUCUUGUGCUCGGCUUUAUGGGGCUCAUUUGGGCAUGUGCAGAAGCAGGAGAUAUCCGUUUCAUUUUGCUAGUUUCAUCUGCUAUCUUAUGUGGUUAUGUUUAUCAGUGUCCUCCAUUCAGACUGAGCUACCAUGGACUUGGAGAACCGUUGUGCUUUUCAGCCUUUGGUCCUUUUGCCACAACAGCUUUCUAUUUCGCACAAAGCAGUAAAAACACACCAAGUGGCAUGAACUCCCUCCCAUUAAGCUCUACAGUUUUAUGUGCUUCAGUACUGGUUGGACUCACCACCACCUUCAUUCUCUUCUGCAGUCAUUUUCACCAGAUUGAUGGAGAUAGCGCUGUUGGGAAGAUGUCCCCUCUGGUUCGUAUGGGAACAGAAGCAGGCUCGAACCUGAUGAGAAUUGGAAUUUUAGUACUUUAUACUUUCUUGUUUACUUCUAGCGCAUGCAAAUAUCUUCCUUUGCCCUGUGCAUUUCUUUGUGCCAUCACCAUUCCGAUGGCCAAACUUGUUAUGGACUUCAUUGAGAAAAAUCAUAAUAAUGAAGUCAAGAUCUUCAUGGCAAAGUAUUACUGUGUUCGGUUACAUUCCUUAUUUGGAGCUGCACUAGCUGUUGGUCUUGUAGUUGCUAGACGCGGAUUUCAUGGCGUAGGCUAGCUUCUCACAGAACAGUCGAAGAAAUGCGGGCUUCAGGUCUCAGCGAAAGCUCUCCUUUCUUCUAAACUUCAAAGACGAGGCCAUUCUCUUCUCGAGCUAAAACUUGCUGUGCUAUGGUGCCAGUGCAGAGGUGAACUUUUCUGUAAUGAAUUUGGUUUCUUUCAAUGAGAAUCAUUGCUUAGAGUGUUCCAGGAAAGCUUUAAUUAUGGAAGAUUUUGGGGAAGUGUCUGAAGUGUUUUUUUGCAAAUGUUGAUCACUUGGUUGGAAAUGUUGCAUUGAGUU